AUGGUUUUAAUUUGCUGCAAAGGAGCUGAUGGCAAAGAUGGAAGUAAAGGUUAAAAUGGAACAUCAGGUAGAAAUGGAUAAAAUGGACAGAAUGGAAGUGACGGAGGAGAUGGAACUAAUGGAUCUAAUGCUACAAACAAGGAAAUUAGUUUGCAAUGCAAUGAAUAAAAUUAACUAAUAAUCAACGGAGAAAAUAUGAAAUUAUUACUAGGUUCUUCUGAAUCCCAAAUACAAAUCAUGGCUUUUGGUGGAAGAGGUGGUAAUGGCGGUGAUGGAGGAAACGGAGGUCACGGGGGUGAAGGUGUUUAAGGAUAAAAAGCUACUGCUUUAACUAGAGGUGGUGACGGAGGUGAAGGCGGUAAUGGAGGAAAUGGAGGCAAUGGGGGAAGAGGCGGAGAUGGAGGAAAUGGAGGAAAUGUUUUUAUUACUUGCAGCCAAACUUAAACAGAUCUAUUUUAUUUGGUCACAGAAGCAAAUGUUUCUGGAGGCUCUAAAGGAGUUGGUGGCAGGAAAGGAGAAAAAGGAUGGUACGGAAAAGGAGGAUAAGGAGGAUACUAAUUUUAAGGAGUCAAUGGAUAAAAGGGUUAGCCUUCAGGUAAAUUGGGAAGAGACGGAAAAUAUGGAUAAGAUGGAAAAGCAGGAUAAGAUGGUAAACAUGGAUAAUGUGGACAUUUAUACUAUCGUGUUGCAGAAACUGGUGCUGUUUAUGAUAGUUUGUUCAAUUUAGUUAUGGGGGAAAUCAAAUAAAUAAAAUCCGAUGAUGCUAUUGUUGAGCCAGGGGAAAAAUUUUCUAUAAAUAUAUAACUUCUAAAUAAUUCUAAAAUGAGUACUCCUUAAGGAUGCUAAGUGAAGGUUUCUCUUAUAAAUGACCCACUUAUUAUUCAAUCUUCUGAUAAUAUUGGAACAUUUACACAAGCAAUCCUCCCAGGAUAAACGUUUAAUGUUCCAAAAUUAUUUGAAUUUGAAAUAAAACAAAAUCUUCAACCAUCAAUAAAUAAGGCCUUAAACGAAAAUUUAAAUCUUAGAUUUAGUGCUGUUUUAACUAGAGUGAACGGUGAAUUUAAAGGAGUUUCUAAUUAUGAACAAAACAUUAAAGUAGAAUAUCCAGUAGAAUUGAGCUAUAUCGCUGGUCCUAGAUCUGUACUUGAUGGCGAAGAGGCUCCUGUUGUUAUAGGAAUUAAAAAUAAAUCUACAAAGCCUUUAGGAAUCAAUCAUGGAAGAUUACUGAAUCUUCGAUUUUAUAACGAUUCAAAGAAAGGAUCAGUUCAACUAAUACCUUUUACUCCUGAAGAGAACUAGUUAAUAGAAAAAAAUAAUUAAUAUCCUUAAUCUCAGAUGGCCCUAGACAAGAAUAAUUUUAUAGUUAAAAAUGAAAAUUUAUAGGAGGGCGAAUUACUAAAAUAAAUGUUCAUUCCAUCUUUGCAACCAAACCAAGAAAUAUUCUUUAAAUGUACUGUAAAAAUUACUGAUCCAUCUAUUUAAGCAUAUGAAGCAGUAAAUCUAAGAUUUAGUUUGGACCUUGGCUAUUUAAAUGAUCCUAUGAAUAAAUAUUAAACAAUUCAAGAGAUGAAUUAUAAGCUAUAAAAAGGUGAAACUCUGCAAUAUAAAGAAAUUUCCGAUGUUGUUUUAGUGAUCAAUUAAGAAAUUCAAAGAGAAACUAUAGUGAAAAUUACUGAAAAGUUAAAGAUUUUUGGGGUUGAAUGUGAUAUUUAUAACAUUUCUUAAUACAAAACUUUCAGAUAUAGAUUUGAUCCUUAUAAAACUUGUUAGAAACCAUUACAGAAAAAAGCAAUUGUUAUAUUUGGAAAUAACUACUAAAAUUUUUAAAAUAUAUAAACGAAUGCACCUAAGACCAUCGGAUAUCAAGAGAUAUUUUUGGCUGCUUAUUAGGAUGACUCUCGUUCAUACAUAAUUGGUUAAUAAAAAGACAUAAAAAUUGGGCGUAUUUUUAAUUACCAUGCUUUAGAGUUAUUUAGAAAUGCUGCACAACAUGAUUUAUAAUAAACUUUUCCUUACAAAGAAAAUUUCAAAAUUAGUAUUCCUGACAUAGAACUAACACUUUGGUAAUAUAUGAAGGUAAUUAAUGGUAGAUAAGAAAAUAAUUUAGAUGGUUUUGUCUUAAAUGAGUCGUAGAGGCCUCUAAAUAUGCAAGAAAGUGAAAUUCCUGAUUAAAAAAAAACUUAAGCUAGGUAAUUAAAUAUUUUUGAUGAAUUUUAAGGUGUUGAAGAGAAUUGCGAUUAAUUAGAAUCCUCUGCAAAUAACCAAAAAAAGCAAAUGAAAAACUUAGAGGAGAUUGUUAAAUUUUAUCAACAAAAUCCUGAGUAGGUGGAGGGCUUUAGAAAUUUAAAUACAGGGUAUAGAGUUCGCUAAAAUGAAUUUGAUAUAAUUAACUAUUAAUAUGACACAAAAAAUAUCAUAUUAAAGUAAAUUUAAGAAGUUUAAUAAACUUUAUCAAAGCUAGAUCCAUGCUACAAUUAUUCUUCACGUCAUUAUUUUUAGUAUGAGGAUCAAAGUAAAGAAGACAUUUUCAAUUUCCUUGAAGGGUUUAUAGGAAAAAGCAUAAAAUCCAGUGGAUUCUAAUAUAUAGCUAGAGGACUAAGAAAAGAUUGCUCAUAAAUUGUCUUUAGAGAAAAGAAAGAAGAAGAAAUAAAUAACAUAGAUGAUGGAGAUAUCUAUAAUAUUUUAAAGGUAAUCCCUGUAGCCAAAAAGGUUUCAUACAUCAAUAAGUUUAAUGGAAGUGAUAGUAAUCUAGCAGAUAUAUUGUUUGCAGCUAUUGGAUCAGAUUUAAUUGCUGAGUUUUUAACUUACACCGAAGUUAACUUAAGAACAGGAUGGAAUUUUGUGAAAUAUUUGAAUGAAAUGAAAGGAUGGAAAGCAAUUAAUGAUUUUAACUUUUAACAUCUUGUCAAAGAUAAAAACAAAUUUAUCCUUUAAAAAUUCUUAGUGAUGAUUAAAUCUGUAUUUUAAGUAAUAACUGAAAGUCUUACUUUACCAUUAAAAUUAAUUAGUUGUUGCUGCUGUUGUCUCCCAGUACCUUCUAUAACAGUUCAUGAUGUUUGCAAAAGUAUUACAAAAAAAGUAGAAUCUUCAAUUUCUGUUUGCUCAGGGGCAUCUGAUAAAGUUGAAGAUACUAUAAAAAAUAAGUUAAGCAACUAAAAAAACUUUCAAGCGAAAUUGGAUAUAAUUCAUCGCCCAGACAGAACCUACUCUUCAAACACAACUUUAUUAAGUAAUUAACCUUCUUGUUUAGUUAAAGUAUAUGACCCUCUACCUGCUUGGAUAAAAUAAGAACUUUAGCUUGGAAUAAACAUAUCAGACACAAUAAAAAUAGAGGUAAAAUAAAAGUAAUUAUAUUAAACAGAGAGAACAAGAUAAAACUAAAUAGAUAAAUAUGUUCAAGAAAUUAUAAAUAGUAAAAACAAUACUAAAGCUAAUGAAUGA